AUGUGCAAAUACGAAGCAGUCGAUAGCACACAACAAGGCCACGGAGUUCGAGAGACCGAGUCUGUCUGCGAUAGCAACAAGAAAGAAAAAGCGAACGAAAACAGAAACGACCUCGGAAUCCCUAUAAUCGAGAAUCUACAGUGCAUCGCAUUACAAAGUAAGGACAUUGUGCUGGGGUCUUCGAAUCUAAACCACAAUGUUCAAAAUGAAUGGGGUGCCCAAGGGCCGCUCAUUCCCGAGGAAGAUAAGCCAUAUGUUUCUUCUUUCCAAACUACUUUUGUUAACGAUGUCUCUGUCGAUACUACCACUUCCGACUUCGACCUAAGCCAGUCAGACUAUCUUCCUGAGUACGAAUGA